GCCAUCGACCUAGGUACCUAUUGUACCUGCCACAUACCAGUAGCUUGAGUCAGCCUAAACUUUCCAAGGUUACUGGUCAUAGUGGCUGCUUAGGUGCUCUAGUACUACCAACAGCCAUUGAAAGCCACCGACAGCCACCGACAGCGCUAUAUUUCUGUCGCUAGCAGUUUCCCAACUAUUCCCGGACCAAGCCCUGGAGCAUUUGCCCAUUCUGCCCUUGUUACCUCAGGUACCUAAAACUUACGACGGUAGCGCCUUUGGUUUUCCAGCACAAAAUCAAUCUAAAGUUCCCUUCAGAUUCCCUUACAAUUGGCUAAAAACUUGCGACCGCAAUAGGCGGGAAAAAGGACGCUAGGUACAAGCACAGGCUUCCUUAGGUACCUCGUUCCCCUAACUUAGUAUAUUUCUAGGUACUGUACCCUACUGUACCUACUGUACCUACUGUACACUGGGAAGGUGCACGAAAUAAUUCCCAGGUUUCCCAACCGCCAUCCCAAGCCCCAGGCCCCAAACCCAAACUCCACGAACCCUUUCACCUCCUCUCCCUCUCCCUUCUACAUUGACAUUGUUGUAAGAUGUCAACGCCGACAACCGCAACCGCAACACUUCCUCCUCAUUAUCGUCACCAUCAUCACCCCUCUCACCACUAUCCGCCGUAUCCAAAUCUGUCCACGUCUGGCUCAUCUUAUCGUGCUGUUGCUAUAACUGGUGUCGCUUCAAACCCUAUCAUCCCCACCUCAACUUCGACGGCCUCGACGGCAACAGUGUCCAAUCAUCACCAGGCACAUUCCUCGUCUUCGUAUACCACCAGCCAGAUUUACUCCGCUUCCAGUCAAACGCUUCGCCCUUCUCCAAAUGGAGUAGCUGCAUCGAUUGCCACUACGAGACCGACUCAAGAUUCUACGAGAACCAAUUCUACUCCCCAUAUAGACGCAUACAAAGCCAGCAUGCCUCCCUCAACCGCCUCAACUACGCAAACCUACAGCGACGGUCAGCCGAGAAAACGGCGAAGAUCUAAGGAACCGGAUUGGAAAACUUUCUACAAGAAUGGAUUGCCUAAGGAAAUUAUUGUCAUCGACGACACGCCAGAACCAGACAAAGACUCAGCCGUAACUUCUACCCGAACACAUGCAAAUGACGAAACUACUCGUCACGGACCCAAGAGACGCAGGAAAGAAGAUGUAGUUCGCAACGAUGACGCAUAUAGUAGCAGAGUCAAUGGUUCUUACCAGCAAACCUCCAAUAGUAGUUCUACGUCGACCGAUCGCACGACAUCUGCCCACAACACGACAGCCGCUACCUCGCUAGGUUCUUUGUCUUCGAAUGGCCAGUACGACUACGAGAGCCGUCAAGUUGGUCAGAAGAGGAAGAGAACCAGACAGCAAAUUGCCCAAGAAGCAAAGAGGCGGGAAAUCGAAGUCCUUGGUGAUGCCUUCGUAACCUACCGUCCGCCUCAGAAGCCUGUCAAGAAAGCUGGUGAUGUAACCGUUAGAUCCGUUAACGAUCGUUCUGACCAGAGGCACCAAAGAGUUGACGAUGAUGAUGGCCACUACAUUGUCGUUCCCGAUGCUGACCUAACACCCCAAUAUCAAAUGAUUAAGCUACUUGGACAGGGCACAUUUGGUAAAGUCGUCCAGGCUCGUGAUCGAAAGCGGAAUAAGUUGGUCGCAAUCAAAAUCAUCCGAGCCGUUCAAAAAUACCGAGACGCCUCACGAAUCGAAUUACGUGUUCUUCAGACCUUGAAGGCCAAUGACGACGAGAACCGAAAUAGAUGUAUACAUCUCCGGGACUGCUUCGAUUUCCGUGGUCAUAUCUGCAUCGUCAUGGACCUUCUUGGUUCCAGCGUUUUUGACUUUCUUAAAAGUAACAACUUCGUCCCUUUCCCGAACAGCCAGAUCCAAAGCUUUGCUCGUCAACUAUUCACGAGCGUGGCUUUUCUGCAUGAUCUUAAUCUCAUCCAUACCGAUCUGAAGCCGGAGAAUAUUCUACUCUGCGACAGUGCAUACCAAACAUUUACCUACAAUCGACGGAUACCAUCGUCCUCGGCUGGCGUAAAUCGACAGGCUACACAACGCAAAGUUCUCUUAGAUACCGAGAUCCGACUUAUUGAUUUUGGAUCUGCAACUUUCCAAGACGAAUACCAUUCGUCUGUCGUAUCGACACGACAUUACCGAGCCCCCGAGAUCAUCCUUGGUCUAGGCUGGUCCUUCCCCUGUGACAUCUGGAGCAUCGGCUGCAUAUUGGUCGAAUUCUUUACCGGCGACGCCCUCUUUCAGACGCACGAUAAUCUCGAGCAUCUCGCUAUGAUGGAGAAUGUUUGCGACUGUCGUAUAGACAACCAUCUAGUCCAGACUGUAAAUAAGAUGGCUACACGAAGUACCGGAAAUGCCGCAUCUAAGUAUGGCUCCCGCGCCCAUCACGCGCACGCCUCCACUAACCCAACCCACAGAUACUUCAAGCGAUUAAAGUUAGACUAUCCGACUGCGGAAACUACGCGAGCAUCGAGACGGUUUGUUAAGAACAUGAAACGUCUAAGUGACAUCAUACCGGCCUCGAGCCCUUUCCUUAGAUCUUUCUUGGAUCUCCUACAGAGGAUUUUCGUUUACGAUCCCGCAAAACGAAUUACUGCUCGCCAAGCCCUAGAGCACGAGUGGUUCCGAGAGCCGGCCAUUCCCGAUGAUGGAACUGAGGCUGCGAAGAUCCGGUUGGAAAGAAUGAGGGAGCAUGAAUUCCCCGCUACUCGGGGUGUGGCGGUGGCUUAAUGGAAUAACGAUGGUGUAAUUCACCAACUUAGUAAUGACGCGGCAUUGAUACCAAAACGAACCUGUAUAUUUGGGAUGGAAUAAGACCUAGCAUUC